AUGCACCUCAGCCCCUUCUCUGCGGGCUUGUGUGCAAGAAAUGUGAUGAAAACGCAGAUAAGAGGCUCUUAUGUCCAUGGAAGGUUACGCCGAUCACAAUCGACACUUCCACACACCCGCGAGGAGAAGCGUUAUGCCGCGGGUGACCAUUUUGUGAGGAUGACGUUCGUUUGGCCCGCUUGCGUUUUUCUGUGGGCGACGUUGCAGCGCGGCAACUUCCAGGCUGCUGGGUUGCCAGACUCAGCCUCCAACUGCUGUGAGGGCGACAUUCUGGUCUUGCUGGACUCUUCAGGAAGCGUGGCCAACUACGAGUUCUCACGCAUGCUGGGCUUCGCCGCCGAGCUACUCCGGCCCUUCUCGCUCGGCAGCGGCCACGUGAGGGUCGGGCUCCUGCAGGUGGGGACCGCCCCGAACCUGGAGUUCGGCCUGGACGUGCACAGCGAUCAGAGGAGCCUGCAGAAAGCGUUGCUCGGCGUCGCGCAGCUGCAGGGGAGCACCAACACGGAAGCGGCGCUGCGGGUGGCCCAGCGGCUCCUGACGGACACGCCCGUGCCGAAGGUUCUGCUCUGGCUGACCGAUGGCGUGGACCUGGGGGAGGUGGACCUGCCCAUAGCGCAGCUGAAGGCGCAAGGGGUGUCUGUGUUGAUUGUGUCCACAGUGCACGGCGACUACCAGGUCUUGCAGCGUGCCGUCUCGCCCCCCCUAGAGUCCCACCUGUACUCUGUGGACAUGGACAACAUUGACAUCAUCACGGAGGACAUGAGGGCGGCCAUUAUCAGGAUCAUUCGAGCAGAGCGACUCCGCGCCACUGAUGUCACGUCGCACAGUGCUGUACUGCAGUGGCGCCCUGUUUUAAGCACACUGAGCGGUUACUACGAGCUCCGGUACAACACCGUUGGGAAUAGACGCUCAGAGGAAAGACGCACGCUCCUGGGAGAAGCCAGCUCGGUGGCUCUGACCGGACUGCGGCCCCAGACCACUUAUUCCGCCUCCUUGCGGCCCGAGUCCAACCAGAGGCUUUUCAACACCCUCACUGUGAGCUUCACCACGCUUCCAGCAACUUCAGAUGUUUUAGGCCCGGCAGUGGUCUCGGUGUCCGAAUCCGGCGCCCGUCAGACACGAGUGAGCUGGGGUCCCCUGCAGCCGGCUUUGGUUAAGAGAUACACCGUGGAGUACGGGGUCAUUCCGAGCGGCGCGGUCCACACCGUGAUCGUACAGAACCACCAGAACUCCACAGUGCUCGCCAACCUGGAGCCAGGAUCUCAGUACCUCGUCACAGUCAGUGCCUUGUACAAGAACGGCAAAGAGAGAGCCAUGUCUGUGAAAGCCUGCACUCAGGAAGAACCAGCAGCAAGUCUGCCUGCCCUGGCAGACCUCCAGCUCAGCCCAGCAGAGCACGAGGAGGUCCAGGUCGAAUGGACGGCGCAACAGCAGGGCCUGAGAGGGUUCUGGCUCAGAUGGGAGAACGGGCAGACCCAAAGCUCUUCUUCCGUGUACCUGCCGCCGUCCUCACGCUCGACACGACUCACGCGCCUUGGGCCGAGCAGUCGAGUCUGCGUGUCCCCCGUCUACAGCUCGGGCCGAGGAGAGGGCAUAUGCUGCGCGGCAGAGAAGUAAAGAAGUUGUCCCGGGACCAAGGUCUCAUCGCUUCUUUUCUCCGGUCGGGUCACGUGCGGAAAUGCAAUAUCCGUUUUCCUGGAUUAACGAGAGGAUGCUGCAAUCAAGCAGAUGGGGAACAAUCUGCAUUUGGAGUGCUGGAGGCACAAAAUAACAUGUGCGGGGCUGAAGAUUAUUAUUCUUUUUUUUUUUUUAAAUACAUUUCAACCAUAACAGUGACAUUAACACUAUAUAUACCGGAAUUCCCGGCCUACAGAGCGCACCUCACCCGGUACAUUUGGAAAGUGCCGCCGCACUAUCGCUAACGCCUCGCUAACAGGACCGAUUAUGAAAAAAUAAAAACAUAUUGGUAAAAAUCACUGCGACACGGCAGUAACACAGUGUAGCGCUAACAGGGCCAGACCGGUAAAAGUCACUUCCUCGGCACAUAUAUUCCACCAUUCUCACUCUCACCUUUUCCGCCCGAGUGCCUCCUUGCGGCCGCUAGCAAAAAUGCACAAAUUAGCCGCAUCACUGCAUAAACCGCAGGGUUGAAAGCAUGUGGAAAAAAAGUCGCGCCUUACAGGAUGGCAAUUGCGGUACAUAAUUUCAGCGCCAAUCCCGUUUCAUAUUUACUUUGAAUGAUAAAAAAUAUCAAGGCAAAUGCGUUUCAAGGUAUGAGUUGAUUUGGUUUUGCCACGUUAUACAUUUGUGAAGAACUAGCUAGCUAGCUAGCUAGCCGUCCAUUUUAUCCACGCUAGCACACGGAGAAUUUAACACCACACAGGUAAAUUGGAGCCCAGAUUUUUAAAAUUGAGCAUUUUUCAACUGAGGUGGAUGUGACCUACGUGAGAAAGUAAACUAUAAAGAUGGUCAUUGUAUUUUUUACCCCCAGCUCUAUUUUUUUUUUUUUCUAAACAGGUUGCUCAGUGUUUUAAUGGGUCCACUCGAACAGGACCAUGCUUUACACUGUUGCCUCCUUCAGCCACCCUCUGUCGAGCACAUGUCAUGGAAAAAUAAUCAUGAUGAUUAUUGUUAUUCAUUUUAUUUAAACGUGCCUUUCAAGCUACUGAAGGUCACCACGCAAUCAGUGGUGCAGAAUAUAAAACUAAAAUGGCAAAAAUGAAAUGGAAAAUGCUCAAGUGAGUAGGCAAUGCAGAAAACGUUAAGGAGUCUGCGUUUUUAUCAGACAUUUUCACAUUUGUAAGCCAAAAAUAAAUAUCUUAUUAAUUUUUUUAAUCCUUCCAUGCAGCUUUAUUUACAGUUAUUGUUCCUGUAAAUGGUUUCUUUGAUUAAAUUAAAAGGACA